AUGGCAAAUUUAGUGAAUUUUUACGAGGAGACUAAAAAAUACAAGCUAGUAUUGUUGGGGGAUCAAGGCGUCGGCAAAACCAGCAUCAUCACUGGUUUCAAGUACGAUAAGUUAUACAGCAACUAUGAGGCUACAAUUGGAGUAGACUUUAUGUCCAAAAGAAUGAGGUAUCAAGACAGGAAUUUUCGUCUGUACAUGUGGGAUACUGCUCCACAAGAUAAAUUUCAAAGCUAUAGAUCAUCCUAUAUAAGAGUUUCUUCUGUUGCUGUUAUUGUCUAUGAUGUAGCCGAUAAGCAAACAUUUUUAAACACCUCCAAGUGGAUCCAAGAAGUUCGUGCAGAAAAAGAUAGCCAUAUCAUUGUUGUUCUUGUUGGUAACAAGACCGAUCUUGUUCACAAAAGGCAAGUUUCAAUAGAGGAAGGUGAUAAUAAAGCUCGUGAGUUUGGAGCUUUGUUCAUGGAGACUAGUGCCAAAGAUGGAUUCAACCUUAAGUCUUUGUUCUGUAAGAUUACAUCGGCAGUUUCUUCGACUAAACAAGAGGAUUUGGUGGAUGUGAAUCUUUAGCCAUCAACCAAAUCAUCUCAGAUCGGGCAGAGCAUCAACUAGAGAGCAAUUCUUGUUAAUAAUACUAUACUUACAACAGACUCAGCAAAUUAAGAAUUCUUUUUAUUUAGUUUGCGUUUGAAGGAAAACCAUCAUCGAUCGUAUUGCCAGGUGGUGGUUGUGAUGAGUACUAGUAUAGUAGUAUCUCACUAUGCCAGAAAUAUCCAUACCUUGACAAGAAGAAGAAGAACGUUUAAAAAGCUUUUUGCAUUCAGAGAUUAGCUGCUAAGUUCAACCAUGGGAUAU